GGGCUAUCUGUCUUCAAGGUCAGGAGUGUGAUUUGCAUUCUCAUAAAACUACACUUCACGGACGAGCCAGUCAAAAUCGCGAAUGUGAAAUUCAAGUAUCAUGUGUAACAAGCAGCAAAAGCCCCUUUAACUUAUUGCCUUUGCAGUUUUAACUGAAAAUGACCUCAUUUGAUGCCGAAAAAUCUGUAACUGAUCCGAAUAUCGAGAUACAAUGGGCUGAACAUUGUUUCCGUGAUGCAGAAGAUUAUUUUCGCUUACUUUGUUCAGUCUCGGACCCCUCACAAUUAAAACUGACUGCCAUAGAUGAUUUCAUAUACGACAAAUUUAUGGGAGAGUUUAGUGAUAUACAAUUAGACGUUAUUUCUGAAGAUUCUUUGAAAUCGGAGCAAUCAAAAGCAAAAUGGCGAUCAUUUUGCAAUGAGUUUGAAAGGAAAGUUGAAGAUUUCAACUUCGGUACUUUAUUGAGACUUGAUGCCUCAAAAGGAUACUGUCCAGAAAACACCUGCAUCGAAUACAGUUCCUUGCCUUAG